UUCGGCGUUCUGAAACUACUGGAGCCGUCAGAUGCCAGCUAAGAUUAAAAGAAACCCACCGGGCAUAAGUGUUCUGUGCAUAUCUUAGACAUCUCCUUGGACUCCUCGAACGCGCGGUAUCAUGAGAUCGGAGCCUUGUCAGAUUGCUCAUUGCCCUCCGAUCCUCGUCAGUCUUACUCGUCAUGGAAGCCUCACCCCUCACCCAGCAGAGUAGACCCGAAACUUUCAAACCUAAGAUUGUGCAACUUUAUGAGAUCCUAUUUAAUACUACGGAAUAUGCUGAGCCGUCAGAGGGCUUUUGGAGGGAAUUCUUUUUGCUGGGCCCAGAUAGGUCGCAGCUCCGCGGGAUCUUAGACAAGCUUAGUCCCGAUGAGACCCUUAACUUGCAGCUGCAAACGCAGCAGCUGUUUGCUCGCGCGACUCAGGAAGUGGCAUCAGGGACCGCGCCAAAUGAUCUACAUGCCCUCGAGACUUUAACUACUUUCUUGGGUAGUGUUCUGAACAAAAAGUACACCAACCCAAGUUCCGAUGUUAUCACCGUGUUGGCUGGACUGGACCAAGUCGACCAGGUGAUGACAGAAUUCGUCGCCGUUCUGGACACCACAAUCAGAAGCGGCAGUAACUUCGAUCUGCGACUCAAGGCCAUCAAGACAGCUAUUUCCAUGACUAGCGGGGCAUACAAGACAAGCCUCAUUACUUACUUCACGCAUCGUGAUUUAUUCCCUUCUCUUAUGAAGUUCAUACAUGACUCAGAUACCCAUAUCCAAAUCUUCGAGCCUUUCUUGCUUCUAGGGUUGCUGGCAAACUACAACAGAUUUGAAUUCCAAAACCCUUACCAUCUGCGACUGGUAGAUUUUGUCAACGAGGCUACGAUCCAGAAGAUCGUCAAAGGCAUCGGAGUGUCAUGUGCGGCACUCAGAAAUGGAUAUGUCGCCGUCCAAGAUGACGUCCCCGAAGGCUGGUCCUUGACGAGCACGUUGAUCUUUUUCGGCCUGCGAGCGCUUGCUCCUGGCGCCAGGGACAAGGCCUCGCCCCCUACACCAGAAGAGGCAAAAGAGAUGUUCGCGGCAUUGCCCGCACCGGAGGCUGCGUUGCUCCUGGCUACAUAUGAUUUUACCAAUGCAAACAAACUUUUUGGAUAUGACUUCGUCUCAUACGCCCCUGAGAAACGAACCGAGGAAGCGCCAUUUUCGAGCUUCCUCUCCUUGACCUCGUACCUUCUUCAGCACGCAUACCGGUCUGCAAGGGUCUCCCAUUAUGCAGAGCUCAAUCUCUUCACUCUACGUAUCAUCGUCGAGGACCCAGUCCUAGCCAAGCGGUUAUGUAGUGAUGAUGGAAAGAGAGCGGUGCGCUUGUGUCGGCAAAGACAGCCUUAUCUCCCCGUCGUCCAGGGAGAACGCAUUCUCGCGACCGUCAUCUUCGACAUCAUGAUCGAUACCAUCACACACAAUCUCCGUCGUCGUCUCGACAUCAACAUCUAUAGCCACACCAUCGCCAUUCUCCUCCGCCUCUUCACCUACCUCUCGUCAAACAAAGUCCGACUAGCCUACCACUGGUCAGAACUAUGGCGCACCCUCCUCUCCCUGAUGCGCUUCCUCACCACCUACGCCUCGGACCUCUCCAGCAGCCCCGACAUCAACAUUCUCACCACCUCCCUCGUGAACCUCCUCGCCUUUAGUGUCUCCGCCGGCGACACAUUCCUCCCAGACCCCGCAUCCUACGACGACCUCUUCUACAAACUUGUCGAAACAGGCCCCAUCCUCACCAAAUUCGGCGAAGUCUACAAACUGCAUGCCCCCUCCUCGUCCACGGCCACCAAAUCAGCCGCCGACCUCCCCAGCACUAAAGACGCACCAUCCAACAUCGCCGCCAUCGACACUCUCCUCUCCGUCUCGUCACACUUCCACUCCCUCCUCUUCAUGCCAGAGAAGAACGCCGACGUCAAACCCGCCACCUCAGGCGACGAACCUGCCACCGUGCGGAAAAGGAACCUUAGUCCGCGUCAGGUCCAUCAGAUCAUCAAGCAGGGGUAUGACACGUUGAGUAUUCAAACUCAUGAGGGCUUGGAUGCGUGGGAGAAGUGGCGAGAGGCGGAUUAUAAACCGGAGCUAAAGCGCGCAGCGAGAUGUGCCGUUGAAGAUGCGAGGAAAUUGGUUGUUUAUUAGUUCAAGUUAGUAGCAUCAUUUCCCAACAAAUAGGAAGGUGAUUGGGGCCAUACCUUAAAACAAACUCGGUUUAGAGCAGAGAAACUGAAUGUGCAAGUUUCCGUGUACAAUCAUUAUUGCUCUUGAUAGGUAGAAUCUAGGUAGAUCUUCCGAUAAUAUGUUGGAUCUCGAAAGGAAAGAUAUCAAAGACCAAGAAUCGAUAAUAGUAGCGGAGAGAAAAGAGAAUAUAAAUGUUCCGUG